AUGCCCCCACCAUCCACCAUCCGCGACAUCGCACCCCCGGAAGCCCUCUCCAGCAUCGCCAGCCAAGGAUUCGCCAGCGGUGUUUUACGCUUCGGGACGAUCUCCUUCCUUGCACACCUACUCCUCAACGCCCGACAUCCCGUCUACCGUAACCUGACGAUACAGUUCAAGGUGUUCAUCCAGAUCUCGUCAAUGACGCUGGGCGGCUGCAUCUUCGCGGAGAAACGGGUAAGCGAGUUCAACGACAGUGUAAGGAGGAGGAACCGGGCGCUCGAGAGGUCCCGUCAGGCCUGGGGCGAGGAGCAGGAGAUCAGGGCGAUGGCGCAGAGGAGGAGGGACAGUGAGUUGACGGUCGCUGCUCCUGCAUCUGCUUCGCCAUCUGGCGGCACAGAGAGUGCCAAUGAGAAUUGA